GCAGGCGCAUUGGCCGCGCGCGCGAUGGGCGGGGUGUGGACGGCGCUGCGAUGGCUGCCCGCGGGUGUCGGACCAGCGAAGCCCCCGGCGCCUCUCAGAGCCCGGCCUCCUGACGCCGCCAGUGGGCGGGGUCGCCCGGGCCGCCGCCACCGCUGUCAUGUAUCCGCCGCCGCCGCCGGCGCCACAUCGGGACUUCAUCUCGGUGACGCUGAGCCUUGGCCAGAGCUACGACGGCAGCAAAAGCUGGCGGCGGCGCUCGUGCUGGAGGAAAUGGAAGCAGCUGUCGAGAUUACAGCGCAACGUGAUCCUUUUCUUCCUCACGUUUCUCGUGCUCUGCGGGCUCCUGUCCUACAUCAGCGUGGCUGACCAGUGGAGAGCCGUGGAUGGCAGGUCAGCGGAAGAGCGGAAGGUGAGACCGGCAGAUCCGCCCGUCUUGCCGGCUCCUCGGAAGGCAGAUGCUAAUCCAGAAAACUCGCCGGGGCUUUUACCCCAGAAGCCUCAGAGGCAUUUCCGACGGGGACCGCCCAACCUGCAGAUUAGAGCCCCCGACAAAGACUCCAAGGACCGGAGGCAGGAUGACACGAGGCGGAGGGACGAGGUGGUGGGCGACGCUCGUCAGGAAGAGAGCACCCAGAGAACGGUGGUCAGCUGGAGGGGUGCAGUGAUCGAGCCGGAGCAGGGCACCGAACCCCCUUCGAGAAAGGCAGAGGGCCCCCCCACCAAGCCUUCCUCACAGGCCCCCGGGAUUCAGAACCAACCAGCCUCCCCGAACGAGCGUCAGAGGGCCGUGAUAGACGCCUUCCGCCACGCGUGGACCGGCUACCGCAAGUUCGCCUGGGGCCACGACGAGCUGAAACCCGUGUCCAGGUCCUUCAGCGAGUGGUUUGGCCUGGGACUUACGCUGAUUGACGCCCUGGACACCAUGUGGAUUUUGGGUCUGAAAAAAGAGUUUGAAGAAGCCCGCAAGUGGGUGUCUAAGAAGCUCCGGUUUCAGAAAGACGUGGACGUCAACCUGUUCGAGAGCACGAUCCGGAUCCUGGGCGGCCUUCUGAGCGCCUACCACCUGUCCGGGGACGACCUCUUCCUGAGGAAGGCCGAAGACUUUGGGAAUCGGCUGCUGCCUGCGUUCCAGACGCCCUCCAGGAUCCCAUACUCGGACGUGAACAUCGGCACCGGAGCCGCCCACCCGCCCCGCUGGACCUCGGACAGCACGGUGGCCGAGGUCACGAGCAUUCAGCUGGAGUUCCGAGAGCUCUCCCGCCUCACGGGGAGUAAGAAGUUUCAGGAGGCCGCGGAGGAGGUGACGAGGCGUGUGCACUCCCUGUCGGGGAAGAAGGACGGGCUGGUGCCCAUGUUCAUCAACACGCACAGCGGCCUCUUCACUCACGUGGGAGUGUUCACUCUGGGCGCCAGGGCCGACAGCUACUACGAGUACCUGUUGAAGCAGUGGAUCCAGGGCGGAAAGAAGGAGACGCAGUUACUGGAAGACUACCUCGAAGCCGUCGAGGGAAUCAAAAGGCACCUGCUGCGCAGGUCUGAGCCCAGGAAGCUCACCUUUGUGGGGGAGCUGGCCCACGGCCGCUUCAGCGCCAAGAUGGACCACCUGGUGUGCUUCCUGCCAGGGACGCUGGCUCUGGGCGCCCACCACGGCCUGCCCGCCGACCACAUGGAGCUGGCCCGGGCGCUCAUGGACACUUGCUACCAGAUGAACCGCCAGAUGGAGACGGGGCUGAGCCCCGAAAUCGUGCACUUCAACCUGUACCCCCAGAGCGACCGCAAGGACGUGCAGGUCAAGCCGGCCGACAGGCACAACUUGCUGCGGCCCGAGACGGUGGAGAGUCUGUUCUACCUGCACCGCCUCACGGGAGAGCGCAAGUACCAGGACUGGGGCUGGGAGAUCCUGCAGAGCUUCAACAAGUACACGCGGGUCCCCUCGGGGGGCUAUUCUUCCAUCAGCAACGUCCAGGAUCCCCUCAAUCCCCAGCCCCGGGACAAGAUGGAGAGCUUCUUUCUGGGGGAGACGCUCAAGUACCUGUACCUGCUCUUCUCCGACGACCCGGCCCUGCUCAGCCUGGACGCCUACGUGUUCAACACUGAGGCUCACCCCUUGCCCAUCUGGGCCCCGCCUAGGGUGGGGUGACCCUCCUGUGGGCACUGCCCGGGGGCCUCACACGUCUUGCGUUUGUGGGUACCUGUCCUCGGAACCCUGGCCUUGGGUAGGUUCGCUCUCCUGACCUUGGCCGCGGCGUGGUCCCCUCGGCCGACUGUCCGUGCUCCAGGGUCAGGCUGAUGACAUUCCCCGGGGGGUUACCGAGCCUGACAUCUCAGGGCCUCAGAGGUGGUCAGGGCAGCUGGGCGCCCGGUGCUUUGCCGCUGGCUUUGCACUUCUGGCUUGUGGUUCUCAUGACGUCGGAUGGUGUCGUGAGGUCAGCGCUGUGAAUCCCCGAGGCCCCACCUGCUGGGGACCUUCCUGCUUGAAUCAUGACUUACAUUCCUGAUCCCCAAACGUCUUCUGUGUGGCCCCAGUGUCUCUGCUUGUCCCCUGGGGCCGCUCUGGGUCUCCUGGACCCACACAUGUUCUGAGAUGAGCUGAAGGGACAGCCCGACAUGCGGUUCAGCCCGGGCUCUCCGAGUCUGUGAAUGUGCCCUGACCCGGGAGUCCUGGGCGGGGCACUUGUGACCUCCUGCGAAUCCGGGCACCUGGCCGGCUGUGGUGUUUACAUGUUGGACUCAGGGAUCCUCCCCCGGCCCUGCAGGGGCGGGGAGGGGCGGGGAGGGGCGGGUGGACGAGUUCAUCCUGCUCCUGGACCACCCGACAGAACGGACUUUCCAGGCAGCAUAAACGUGGAUUUGCCCUGA